AUGGGUUUCCUUCAUGAAAAAAGUAGGUAAAUUAACUCUUAAAGAAAACAGAUAAUUAUCUAUGGAAUUUAAAAUGUCAUAUUUAAACAUAGUAUCAGAAAUUCAAGCUAAAAAAAGAAAAAAAAACAUGAUUACAGUUUUGAAUAUUAUGGAGAUUAUUAACCUUAAAUAACUCUAAAUGUAAAUCGUGAAGAAAUCUGGACCUCUACAAUAGCCGAAUUAUCAAAACACGAUCCUGCAAGUUUAGUUCAUUAAUAAUUAAUUAUAAAUUUUGAAGGUGAAUAAGGUAUAGACUAAGGUGGUAUGGCAAGAGAAUGGGUAAACUUAGCUUUAAAAGAUGUACUUGAUCCAAAGAAAGGCUUUUUUUAAUUAAGUUCUAAUAAAAUAACAUUAUAGCCGAAUCCAUUAAGUACUAUAAUUCCUGAUAAUUUAUUAAAUUUCCGCUUUAUUGGUAGAUUAGUAGGCUUAGCUUUAACAAAUAAAAUAGACUUCGAAAUAGAUUUAACACGAUCAUUUUUAAAACAUAUAUUAAAAAUACCUUUAUAUAUAAGUGAUUUUGAAGACUUUGAUAUUUAAAUUGGUAAAAAUCUAUUUUGGAUAUUAGAAAAUGAUAUUACAGGAUGCGAUAUUAUGUAUUGUGUUGAAAAUAAUUAAUUUGGAAUUAAUGGAUAAAUUGAUUUAAUUGAAAAUGGUAGAAAUAUAGAAGUUACAUAAGAAAAUAAGAAAGAUUUUGUGAAAGAUUUCGUCAAUUAUAAACUUACUUAAGAAAUUAAGCCUUAAACAUAAGCUUUUAUUAGUGGAUUUUAUGAUGUUAUACACCCUGAAGGACUAUUAUUUUUUGAUGAAAGAGAUUUAGGUUUAAGAUUAGCUGGUUAAAAAGAAAUUAAUAUUAAGGAUAUGAAAUAAAAUACUAAAUAUGGAGGUAAUUAUGAUAAUGAUUCUAUAUAAAUUAUAUGGUUUUGGGAAAUUUUAGAUUAUUUUAAUGAAGAAAUGAAACAAUCUUUUAUUUUCUUCUUAACAGGAGCUUUCAAAGUACCCUUUGGUGGAUUUGAAGCUAAUCCAAUAGAAAUAUUUGAUAAAUAAGGUGUUGUUAAUAGCCUACCUAUAGCACAUACAUGCUUUAAUAAAUUAGAAUUACCUGUUUAUUAAUCUAAACAAUAAUUAUAAUAAAAACUUAUAUAGGCAAUUACUGAAGGUUCUAAAGGAUUUCAUUUAAAUUGA